UCCGACCUAUUAGUAUGUUCUUGCUUGAAACAAAACGAACGAAAACGUCUUUUUUGUUCUUAUAACCCACAAAAUCAGAGUCUGUGGUUGUGGCGAACUGAGACUACCGUCUUUCGGAGGUCUAUUUUGCCAAAAAAAACGAGCCUUAUAAUUACUAAUCUUGACUACAUGGCAAACCUGUAAACGGGAUGCAUGCAAUAACUGCAGCUGCUACAGCCAGUGUGUACAGACAUAGCGUGAACCAUUAGGAUUGGAAUCAUGCGUAUGGUUAAACGUGGCACAUAUCCUCAAAUACAAUGUCAAAAUCUAGUUUGGAGAGUCUCCAUGCACCUCCUGACGGUGGCUGGGGCUGGAUGGUGGUUGUUGGCGGGUUCAUAGUGAACGGCUGCGCGGCGGGAACCUUCCGAUCUCUCGGAGUGUUGUUCUUGGCUUUCCGCCAGCAGUUUGACGCCAGCUCCGCGGAGACGGCGUGGGUAACCUCUAUCAUGAUGUGCGUCAUGUACCUGUUAGCACCGUUCGCCACUGCCCUGGCCAGCACAGCAGGGUUCCGGCCCGUCAUCAUGCUGGGAGGGGUGCUCAGUGCAGCUGGCUACGUCAUCAGUGCAUUUGCAAGUCGGGUGUACCACCUGUACCUGGCCAUAGGAUGUCUGACAGGUUUGGGAUGCGCUCUCACAGUCAGCCCUAUGAUGACGAUAGUUGGGCAGUACUUCACCAAACGACGGCCAGUGGCCAACAGCCUGGCCCUGCUGGGCGCCAGCAUCACGUCCAUGACGCUCCCGCUGUUGUUCCAGUACUUACUGGACGAGUUUGGUCUGAAAGGUGCCUUACUCAUUCUGGGCGGAGUUAUGUUGCAGGUGAUUGUAGCUGGCGCGUUAAUCAGACCGCUGGAACUUCACAGAACUGAAAAGAAAGCAGGACUGGAACAGUAUGAAAAGAGCACUACAGACACACUGGAAUCAGGCACCGACAUGGAAACGAAAUCUGUACCUGUUGUCAUGUUUUUAAGAAAACUGUGGGCAGACAUGGACUUCAAACUGGUUAAGAUUCGAGCUGUGGCCUUGUACUUGACGUCAUUGUUUCUGGUGGCCUUCAGCCUUAUCGUUCCCUCCAUGUACAUCGUUCCUCGUGCAACACAUCUCCAGAUUGAGGACUACAAGGCGGCAUCUCUGCUCACCGUGUGCUCUGUCGCAGACGUGGUAGGACGGCUGUCUGUGGGAGCCAUCCCAGAUACUCCAUAUUUUACCCGACUGGACCAGUUUGGACUCAGUCUGUGUUUACUGGGACUCACCAAUCUUCUCUGUCCACUGGCCAUAAAGUAUCCUGGACUGGUAGCGUACGCCAUAGCACACGGGCUGUUCUACGGUGCUUUCAUUCCCACUUCAUUUACCUGUCUGGCCGAACUGGUCGGCCCUAAGCGACUCCCUGGCGCCGUCGGUCUCUACAUGCUGGUGCAAGGGUUCGCCUCGCUAGCCGGGCCGCCUUUCGCAGGUUGGCUGUACGACCGAACUGGAAGCUCUGACGCCCCGUUCCUACAAGCAGGUGUCUGUUUCCUUCUAGCCGGACUGGUACCUUUCAUUCUGCGCUUCACGAGGAGGACAAAAGACGAAGCUGCCAACAAGUUGGAAGACGAUAUGGACUCUGUAAAAUAUGAGAGAGAAACUGUCACGUUAUUUCUAGUUGCACGUGAGACUUCUCUAUGAGUGCGCGUGUUGAAAUUGAACUUCAGUUCACAGGAACCACUGCAAAUCUAUGGCGGUGUAAUGCCAAAUGCCUUUACAUGUACAUCGGCUACGAUGUAUCGAGAUUCUUAUGCUUUGUGAAAUAACUAAUUUACAACGUAAUAAAUGAUAGGAAGCUUGCAGUUGCCUGCGCUGCAGCCGACCGAUGAUGAUGACUUCUGUACAUCUUUAAAGCAAGGAGGUAAAUACAAAGGCUUCAUUCUUAA